AUGGUUCAGAAUAUGAGUUUAUGGUUGUUUAUACUCUGUUUUUACCUCGUUAACACCGGGUUUAAAGCAGAAACUCAAGAUAAAUUCGACAAGAGAGAGCCCUACAUUGUGUACAUGGGAGAUGCAGCUGAGAAGUAUCAUGCUGAAGCAGCUGAAAGCCAUCAUAAUCUUCUAUCAAAAGUCAUCGGAGAUGAGAGCAAAGCAAGAGAAGUAAGAAUGUAUAGUUAUGGGAAGAACAUUGAUGGAUUUGUUGCAAGACUUCUUCCUGAUGAAGUAGAGAAGCUAUCACGCGAAGGAGGAGUUGUAUCGGUGUUCAAGAACACUCAAAGGCAGCUUCACACGACAAGAUCAUGGGAUUUUCUUGGAUUUGUUGAGUCUAAAUACAAAAGAAGUGAAGCGCUUGAAAGUAAUAUCAUUGUGGGAGUUCUUGACACAGGAAUCUAUAUAGAUUCACCAAGCUUUGAUGACAAAGGCUUUGGCCCUCCUCCAGCUAAGUGGAAAGGAAAAUGUGUAACUGGAAACAACUUGACUCGUUGCAAUAACAAAGUGAUAGGGGCAAAGUACUAUCACCUGAAACGACCGAGUUAUGACGAUACGGCUGCGGACUACGAUGGUCAUGGGACCCACACAUCUUCCACAAUCGCUGGUGUUUCGGUCUCUAACGCCAACUUAUUCGGUAUUGCAAACGGGACAGCACGAGGUGGUGUUCCAUCUGCUAGAAUAGCCACUUAUAAGGUCUGCUGGGAGGAAGGAUGUUCGGAUAUGGACAUGUUGGCGGCAUUCGACGAGGCGAUCUCUGAUGGAGUCGAUGUAAUAUCGAUCUCCAUCGGAGGAGCCUCGCUUCCGUUUUUCGAAGAUCCCAUUGCUAUUGGAGCGUUUCACGCUAUGAAAAGAGGGAUUCUCACAACGUGUUCCGCAGGUAACAACGGUCCCGGUCUGUUUACGGUUUCUAACCUAGCGCCGUGGGUGAUGACCGUCGCGGCUAACUCGGUUGACCGGAAGUUUGAAACUGUUGUCAAACUCGGCAAUGGAUAUACCGCAACUGGAAUUUCCGUAAACGGGUUCAAUCCAACGAAGAAGAUGUAUCCUUUAACGAGCGGUUGGCUUGCGUCUAACGUAACUGAAGGAGACUAUGGAGAACCAAGUGCUUGUGAAGUUGGGACAAUGGGGGAAGAUAAAGUGAUGGGGAAGAUAGUUUACUGUGAAGUAGGGCGUGAAGAAGCAGGUGGAAGCAGUGAAGGUCAAGACCAUAUUAUUAGAUCUUUAAAAGGAGCUGGCGUGAUCGUCCAACUUCUUGAACCGACUGAUAUGGCUACUUCAACUCUCAUUCCUGCCUCUUAUGUCUUCUUCGAAGACGGUACAAAGAUCUACGAGUACAUCAACUCCACCAAAAAUCCUCAAGCGGUUAUUUACAAGACACGAACAAAAAAAAUGGUAGCCCCUUCGAUUGCUUCCUUUUCAGCAAGAGGGCCUCAAAAAAUCAGCCCAAACAUUCUCAAGCCUGACAUUUCAGCGCCAGGACUAAACAUUCUGGCUGCAUACUCAAAGCUAGCAACGGUAACAGUUUAUGCAGACGACAAAAGACACACACUAUUCUCCAUAUUGUCAGGAACGUCAAUGGCAUGUCCUCAUGCAGCAGCUGCUGCAGCUUAUGUCAAAUCAUUCCAUCCUGAUUGGUCUCCAGCCGCUAUCAAAUCUGCCCUAAUGACAACAGGUAAUUAUCACAUAAACCCUAAAACAAAAAAAAAUUCAAAAAUUAAUGGACAGUUUAAGUCUUUACACUCCAUUACAGCUACUCCAAUGAGAAUCAAAGGCUUUGAAGCGGAGCUAAGUUACGGAUCGGGUCAAAUAAACCCGAGAAGAGCGAUACACCCAGGUCUAAUCUACGACAUUACUGAGAGUUCUUACUUAAGUUUUCUAUGUAAGGAAGGAUAUAAUAGCACAAGCAUCGGACUCUUACUUGGUGGUAGCAACGAGACUAAGAAGGAAUACAGAUGCGUGGAUCACAAGCUAGGGUUAGGAUCUGACGGGUUGAAUUAUCCGUCGAUGCAUAAGCAGGUGGGUUCCAUGGGAACGAAUGUGUCAGAGACUUUUUACAGGACGGUGAGGAAUGUGGGUUACGGACCGUCGACUUAUGUGGCUAGGGUUUGGGCACCGAAGGGAGUGAGAGUUGAAGUGGAGCCUAGGGCUAUGAGUUUUGUUAAGCCUGGAGAGGAGAAAAACUUUAAGGUUGUGAUUCAUGGAGUUAUGGAAGAGACUAUGAGAGGAGUUUUGUCGGCUUCAGUGGAAUGGGAUGAUUCAAGAGGGCAUCUUGUGAGGACUCCCAUUUUGUUGUUUCAAGCGGGAAAACUGUAG